AUGAAACGAGAGGAUCUCACAUACCUGGGUGCUGGGCCCGCCGCCCUCCCCACAGACGUCCUUGCGAUCGCCGCAGAGGCUCUCCAGAACUAUGAGGAGACCGGAUUGGGCGUCGCAGAGCACAGCCACCGCAGCGAACUGGCGUCUGGUAUCCUGAAUACCAUGAAAGCGGACCUCGCGAAAUUCCUCGAUAUCCCCGACGACUUUGAGAUUCUGAUCAUGCAGGGUGGUGGGUCGGGCCAAUUCGAUGCGACAGCGUAUAACCUCACGGCGAUCUGGGUUGAGAGGCAACGACAGAAGAUCUUGAAGGAGAAGGGCGAGAUCUCCGAGGAGGAAGUGAUCGCGGAAUUGCGCAAGAAGGUCGAGUCCGAGCUGAAGUUGGACUACUUGGUUACUGGAUCAUGGUCGCUCAAGGCCAGCCAGGAAGCCGUCCGAAUCUUCGGCCCCGAGUACGUGAAUGUCGCUAGCGAUGCCCGCACAGCCAACGAGGGCAAGUUCGGCAAGAUCGCAGAUGAGUCGACAUGGAAACUCAGCCCCAAGGCUGCUAUGGUGUACCUCUGCGAGAACGAGACCGUCGACGGCGUCGAAUACCCUUCUUUCCCCAAGGUUCUCGAGUCCAAGGGCUCAGAGGACGACCCCAUCGUCAUCGGAGACUUUUCAUCAACGAUCCUCUCACGACGGAUACCCUUCGAAAACUUCUCGAUUGUGUACUUCGGUGCCCAGAAGAACCUCGGCAUGGCUGGUAUCACUGGCGUCAUUAUCCGCAAGAGCCUCCUCCCGCCUAAUGCUCCUCCCGCCUCGCCCGCUAUCCUGCGCAAGCUCGGACUGCCCGUUGCCCCUACUAUUCUCGAUUACUCCGUUGCCCACAAGAACAACUCUCUCUACAACACCCUUAGCAUCUUCGACGUAUACGUGGCCGGCCAAGUCAUCAAGAAGCUCCUCAACGACUUCCCCGACAAGGUCGACGGUCAGCAGGUCGUCGCCGAGCGGAAAGCGCGCAAGGUCUACGAGGCCCUGGAGGCUUACCCUGAUGUCUACAAGAUUGUUCCCGACAAGGCCGUGCGCUCGCGCAUGAACAUCUGCUUCCGGGUCGUCAAGAACGGAAACGUCGACGAGUCCGAAAAGACCUUCCUCAAGGGAGGCACCGAGCGCGGCAUCACCGGCAUGAAGGGCCACCGGAGCGUUGGAGGUAUCCGCGUCUCAAACUACAACGCCAUCCCCGAGUCUGGGAUCGACAAGCUGGUUGUAUACCUCAAGGAGUUCGCUACGUUAUAA